AUGCGCUGCGCGUUCGCGCCCUCGACGUCGACGCCGUCGACGUCUCGUCGCCCGUGGCGUCGGUCCGUCCAUCUCCGACCGAAUCAGACGCGCCCGACGCCGUCGCACGUCGCGCCGGCGGCGCCGAAAUUCUUGAUCGACAAGCUCGAGUCCUCGACGCAGACGCACAAGGAGCUGACGUUCCGCCUCGCGGACCCGGACGUCGCGUCGAACGCGAAGGAGUUCCAGAAGCUCUCGAAAGCCCUGGGGGAGCUCACCUCCGUCGUGGACCAGUACGCGCGGUACAAGGAAUGCAUCGAGGAGCUGCAGGAGGCGAAGGCGAUGGUGAAGGACGCGGCGGGGGACCUCGAGAUGGGGGAGAUGGCUCGCGAGGAAGCGACGGCGCUGAACGAGGAGAUGGACGCGCUCGAGGAGUCGAUGACGAUGGCGCUGUUGCCGAGAGACCCUCUGGACGAGAAGAACAUCGUGCUCGAGAUCCGCGCGGGGACGGGCGGGGACGAGGCUGGCAUCUGGGCCGGCGACCUGUGGAGGAUGUACUCGCGGUACGCCGACUCCAAGGGCUGGAAGGCGUCGGUGCUCACGACGAACCCCGCGGACAGCGGCGGGUACAAAGAGAUCGUCGUCGAGCUCGUCGGAGACAGCGUGUACUCCGAGCUGAAGUGGGAAGCCGGCGUGCACCGCGUGCAGAGAGUCCCCGCGACGGAAUCGCAAGGACGGAUACAGACGUCCACGGCGACGGUGGCGGUGAUGCCCGAGGUGGACGAGGUCGAGGUGAAGAUUGACGACAAGGACAUCGAGCUCACGACCGCGCGGUCCGGCGGCGCGGGCGGGCAGAACGUGAACAAGGUCGAGACCGCGGUGGAUCUCGUGCAUAAGCCCACGGGGAUUCGGAUCUUUUGCACGGAGGAACGCACGCAGCUGAAGAAUCGCAUUCGCGCGAUGCAGAUCCUUCGGUCGCGUCUCUUCGAGCUGCAGAUGGAGGAGCAGGCGAAAGAGGUCGCGGGGCGACGGAAAGCGCAAGUCGGCAGCGGCGCGCGGUCGGAGAAGAUCCGGACGUACAACUAUAAAGAUAACCGCGUGAGCGACCACCGCGUGGGGGAGAACUUCCCCUUGGAGGGGUUCAUGAACGGCGACGUCUCGCCCGCCAUCGGCGCGUGUCAGGCGAUGGAGCAACGCGAAAAAUUAGAAGAGCUCAACGCGGAGAUGUCCGCGUGA